GAAAAUAUCAAGAAGGUUCGUCAGUCUUAUACCCUUAAAGAGAAAGCCAAGGUUGUUCGGUAUGCUCUUCGUGAAGGCAAUCUUAGGGCCGCUGCCAAUUUUGAUUUAGAUAAGACUCAAGUUGGUCGUUGGGUAACGAAGUUAAAGGGUAAACUUGAUGAGGUUGAUCAUAGCGAAUCCCGUCGUCUUGAAGGUGGUGGUAGAAAAAGUUUUUUUCCUGACGAAGAAGUGCAGCUUUAUAGGUGGAUAUCUGAAAUGCGUAGUGCAGCACUUGCUGUAACAUACAAUAGUCUCAAGUUUGAAAUGUUAAGAAUCGUCUCUGAAACGGCAUCAAAAAGUAAUGAUCUCAAAAAAAAACAACUUGCAAGUAACUUUAAGGCCUCCUCAAUGUGGUUAAAACGUUUUUUAAAACGCUAUAAUCUUGCCUUACGCCUAGCACUUCGUAACCACUGGCAUAAAUGGAUGACAAAUGGUGGGUCUGGCAAAACUAAAAAAGGAAACCUUAAACGCGCUGAACUACAUAUAGUUUGUGAGUGGGUGCUUGCCGCGUGGGCAGAAAUUGAUCCUGAGAUUAUUCGUUGUGCCUUUCGCAAGUGCUCUAUUUCUAAUGCUAUGGAUGGAUCGGAGGAUAGUGAGAUAUAUCAUGAUGAAAUCCUUGAUAAUAAAACUAAUGAAGCUAAUGAAAAUAAUCCUGAUAUGGAUUCUGGUGAUUCUGGUGAAAAUGAGGAGGAUUUUGAGGAUAAAGAAAAUGAUGAUGCAACGAUUGAAGAAAAUGAGGAUGUUCUUCUUUUUACAAUAGAUUAA